AUGAAACUUGGUAUAACGCUGAAUAUCUGCGCGAAUGCCUUCCUGAACAACGCUUGUGCGGCCGGCCUCGUCCCAACAUUGAAUGCCGUGUCUGCCGAGCUCGGCGUCGCCAUCACCACCGCCUCGUACCUCAUGUCCUACAACGUGCUCGCCCAAGGCCUCAGCAACCUGAUUUGGGUACCGACAACGCUUUGUUACGGCAAGCGGUGGGUGGUCGUGCUGUCGAUGGCCAUGUUGUUGCCGUGCCUGGCGUGGGCGGCCGUUGCGACAUCCUUCGAGUCGCUACUCGGCGCGCGCGUUGUUGGCGGGUUCGCGUCCGGCGCGUCCGAAGCAUUUGCACCCAUGAUGAUUGCCGAUAUAUGGUAUGAGCACGAUCUCACCACGGCUCUGGGCUUUUUUGCCCUUUGCACCUUCGCCGGGGCCACCUUGGGCCAGACUGCACUCGGAUUUGUCACCGAGAGGCUGGGAUGGAGAUGGGCCUACUGGGUCGUCUUGAUCGCCUGCGGCCUUAAUAUGUUCACCAUGCUCAUAUGGCUCCCGGAGACCACCUUCCAGCGCGGCCUCACCGUGGGUAUCACUGCGGGUGAUGUGCAGCGGAAUGAGGAGUUGCGUGAGAAGCACACCAUUACGAAUCCAGAGACCGCCCUGCCGAGCGUGGACGCCGAUGCAGCAAUCCAGGUGAACCGAGCCGAGCCGAUGGAGUCGAUGCGCCCAAAUCUCUGGUUUAUCCGCCAUCCCGAAAUUGACUACCACGCCAACUGGUUGUCUUACUUCGUGGCCCCGUUCUACUUUGUGAUGCUGCCGACAGUGCUCUGGUCCACAUUGACGUACGCUUCGACAGCGGCCGCGUUUACUGCACUGGGCACUUGCAUUGCACAGCUCCUGGGGGCACCGCCAUACAACUUUAGCCCGGGAGACCAGGGUCUGUUCAGCCUGUCCUCGUUUAUUGGCAUCGGUCUGGGGGGGACCCUUGGUUCCAGGAGUGUCGAUAUCGUCAACGCAAGAAUCAACAGGCGUCGCUCUGAGCAAGGCAAAAUCCAUAAACCCGAGGAACGCCUGAUCAUGCUCGCUCUACCUUUCUUUACUGCCACUGUUGGCCUGGUGUUAUACGGAGUGGCGGUGCAGCGCCAGCUCCCUUGGAUCGCCGCCGCCUUCGGGUACGGAAUCCACUCGUUCGGCUUCGUGGUGCUCGCAGGCAUCACGUUUAGCUACGCCAUCGACUCUUACCUGGUGAGGAGUGGGGAAGUUAUGGUGUUCAACAAUACCGUCCGCGCCUUGCUUUCGUUUGGAGUAACACACGUCGUACCAACUUGGUUGACCACCGCGGGUCCUACCGUUGUAUACUCGGUGCUGGCGGCUAUUAUCUGGGGCUUUUUGUUGCUCGGUAUUCCCGUUAUUAUUUUCGGCCCGAAGUUGAGGGAGCUAACAAAUCGUUUCUUGUGA